AUGGCGCCGUCCGGUGCCUUCGCCGGCUUGUGUCUGGAGUCGGUUGGGCAGUACAACCUGCUGGAUUUCUGCACCCGUGACAGGACCGAGCUAAGAAGCAGGGUCGCCAAGAAAGUGGGGCUGGAGAAGUGGUGGGACAAGCUCCAUUACUCGAGCACCGUCAGCAUUUCGGACAGCUUCAGGGACCUCCUGCUGGAAGAGAUACCAAGAAGGCAGCUAGGGGACAUGAGGGACGCACGGGGCCGGUGGACGCUUCAGCAAAUAACUUACCCGCCGGGGGCAAGCGGUAGUCGCAGAUUAUACGAUGAGAUCAGCUUGAGCGUUAACGACACCGACUUCGACCAGAGCAUCCUCAUCUGGCAUGUCGCCACCGACGUGUACCUCUGCUGCCGCCGCCAGCCUGAGCCAGCGGCGGAGGAUCACCAUCGCCUAGCCAAAGCCGUCAAGGAGCUCUCCGACCUACAUGCUCUUCCUCUUCGUCGUCCAGCCCCACAUGCAUGCUUCCGGGCCCGGUUCGGAACAGCCGGGAAGCUUUACCGUGAGUACAGAGACAGAUCGGACGACGACGACGACCGUGCUAGUCCAGCAGCAUCCUUUUCCGUUCAGAUGAUGGAAGAGGAAGAUAAGAACCCCCACGGUCUCGCUUACAUCGACGCCGCUGGGCUCACCGGGUUGCUCCUUAGCGAGCGCUCAGGUAUACCUGACGUGCUGGAAAUGAUCGCCGGAGUGUGGAUCGAGAUGCUGUGGUACGCCGCACGCCACUGCACCGAGGUUUCCCACGCCAAGCAGCUGAGCAGCGGUGGCGAACUGGUGACUGCAAUAGGGAUGCUGGUGGAGUACACCGCUAGGUAUGACCUGCACCCUCAUGGUCAUGGAUCAGAGGAUGGUCAUCCACUGUCGGGGACAUCUAUGGAGAAUGGAGAACCUAGCGGAGCGGCGGCUGAGGUGUCUCUAGAUCAAAGAACCGAGAAAGGUCUAAACAGUGGCCUCAAUCAAGGCAAGGGCGGAGGAAUGAUCAACACACGGAGUAUUGGGUGGGCCCAAUCAAAGCAGGGCCGAGUGGAACCAACAUGGGCCCAAUCACUGAAGCCUAAACUACUACGGACUGGGGCGGAGCCGCGGAGGGCUUUACUCACCAUACCUUGCAUUUGCAGGAAUACCUCUACUGUUUAA